AUGAAGUUCCUCAAGGUCGGCCGAGUCGCCAUCAUCACUCGCGGCAGAUACGCCGGAAAGAAGGUUGUCAUCAUCCAGCCCGUUGACAACGGCAACAAGCCUCAUCCCUUCGGCCACGCCCUGGUCGCCGGUAUUGAGCGCUACCCCUCUAAGAUCACCCGCCGCAUGUCCAAGACUCGCCAGGAGAAGCGAUCCAAGAUCAAGCCCUUCAUCAAGGUCGUCAACUACAACCACUUGAUGCCCACUCGCUACACCCUGGAGCUCGAGGGCCUCAAGGGCACCAUCUCCAACGACACCUUCAAGGAGGUGUCUCAGCGCGAGGACGCCAAGAAGACUGUCAAGAAGGUGCUCGAGGACCGAUACACCAGCGGCAAGAACCGAUGGUUCUUCACCCCUCUCAAAUUGGUCUUUGUGGACUUGGACUAA